UUGAGUAGCAUUGAGUGGUGAAUCAAUUUCUUCAAGUUGCUAUAAAAACCCUUUCAACCACUAAAAUCACCAUCAGUUCCCAUCUCGACCACGUCCCGCAACCAUGAACUUCCUCCAAGUUCUGCUCCUCAUCUGCGCCACCGUAGCCGUGGCCAGCGGUUACGAGUGCCGCCCCACCGGCAACACCAACGUCACCGCCAACGGCGAAGAAUCCCGCAACGGUCAGUUCCCCCACCACGUGCUGGUAACGUCCACCUUCCCCGAGGCCAAGCACUACUGCAGCGGAGCGUUCAUCAGCGACAAGUACGUCCUUACCGUGGCCCAAUGCGUCCAGGGAGCGUCCAAGGUUCAGGUCACGCUCGGAGCCAUCUGCCUGCUGGAGGGUGGAGCCAACAAGUUCCGUUACACGUUCACCGCACUGGAAACCUUCGUCAAGGACGGCUACAACGCGGAAACGUUCGAGAAUGACGUUGCGCUGAUUCGGUUCACCGACGACAAGGUCCGACUGCCACCGUGGAUCAAAACGGUGGCGCUUCCGGCCGCGGACUCGGAAUAUCUGCACGAGGAUGUGUUCACCUCCGGUUAUGGGCUGCUGAACUACCAAACCUCGACCGCUGCCGACUUUUUGCAGUUCCUGAAGGUGCGCGUCAUUAGCCACGAACUGUGCCAGCAGGAGUUUGACUUCAUCACGCCCAACUCGGGCCGGUUCUGCGCCCAGCAGCUGGAUCAGGAUCCGAACUGUGUCAGCGAUGUGGGCAGUCCGUUGGUGUUCAAGGAACCGGGCUACAAGCAGUACACGCUGGUUGGAUUGAGUAGUUUCGGGCAGAAGUUUGCCUGUGCGUUUGGCAAUGCUGGAGCGCUUCAGGAGGUUAAGGCGCAUCUUGAGUGGAUCAGGAGCAUCACCGGGGAGGAGGAGGUUACCGAGGAGCCCGAGGUAACGGAGGAACCAGAGGUUACCGAGGAACCUGGGGUAACAGAACAACCAGAGGUCACUGAAGAGCCUGAAGUCACGGAAGAGCCGGAGGUUACCGAAGCCCCGGAAGGGCGCUACUAAGGUGGACGAUAAUAUUUUUCAAUC